AUUUGCUCGGGUUGAUAAGGCGGCAAGUCGGGUUGUUUUCAAAAUUAGGUAUAUAUAUAUAUAUAUAUAUAUAUAUUAGGUAUAUAUAUUUAUAACCAACGAAACCAAAUCUUAUAUUUGCUCCUUUUCUGUCGAGCACUUUUUAUAAUAACCUCGGACUUUGACAUGGAAGCGACACAGUUUGACUAUUCCACGAAAAAUAUUCCAGUACCAUCGGAAAAAGAAGCUGAUUGAGAAAACCGAACAGCUGUGCAAGCGGAUGAGAUGGAAAGCACAUUUCUAUCUAAACCCUCAAAAUGAACACAAGACCAAAGAAACCUAUGGAUUUAAUUCAAAAGCGACCCCAUCACAAGUUCCAGAACUUACGAGUUUUGAAAAUAGAAUGUUAAAAAUGAUUCAAAACAUUAAGUUUAAAGAUACAAAGUGUAAAUUUCAGAAAGAGUUAUUCAAUGAUGUUAACAAGAUAAAUAAGUCAAACAUGCUAUUUUUUCCUGCAGAUAAAACCACCAACUUCUAUAAAAUGGACCUUAAAUCUUAUAAUGAUCUUCUUCAUAAGAACGUUACGAAAACCUAUAAGACAAUUCCGGCCGAGACAGUUUACAACAUUGAAAACGAAGCUAAAUACAUCGCUGAAAAAUUAAACCUUGCUGAUAGAAUCAACACCGCAGCACAGAGAGAAGCCUUUGUUACGUUGAAAGAUCACAAACCUAAUUUUGAAAACAACCCGACUUGCCGCCUUAUCAACCCCAGCAAAUCUGAAAUUGGAAGAGUUAGCAAACAAAUCCUGGAUAGAAUUAAUACGAAAGUCAUUGAAGCAACGCGCAUAAACCAGUGGAAAAACACUAAAUCUGUGUUGUCCUGGUUUAAUAAAGUUACUGAUAAGAGCCAGUACUCAUUUAUUGCAUUUGAUGUUGUUGACUUCUAUCCAUCCAUCUCAAUUGAUCUUCUAAAGGCUGCGCUAGAUUUUGCGUCAAAGUAUGAUAACAUCACAGAUACAGAAAGAGAAAUCAUUCUACAUGCGAAGAAAUCGUGCUUGUACAACUCGGGCAAGCACUGGGGAAAGAAAUCAUCAUCUAAUCUAUUCGAUGUCACUAUAUGGGUAGUUUUGAUGGUGCCGAAUCAUGUGAAUUGGUCGGAUCUUACCUACUACACCUUAUUACGAUGAAGCACGGUAAUAAGUUUGGUUUAUAUAGAGACGACGGCUUGGGCAUUAUCAAAGCAACACCACGCCAAAUAGAACUAAUUAAGAAGGAUCUGUGCGCCUUAUUCAACAACCAUGGUUUGAAAAUUACUAUCGAGGCUAACAAGAAAAUCGUAAAUUUCCUUGACGUGACACUAAAUCUAACCACCGGUAAAUAUCACCCAUAUUUCUAAGCCUAAUAACACACCUCUUUACGUGCAUAGCAAGUCUAACCACCCACCCAGUGUUCUGCGUAUAUUCCAUUAUCCAUUAACAAACGACUAACCGAGAUAUCCUCUGAUCAAGAUUCAUUCGAACAAGCCUCCCCGUCAUAUCAGCAAGCCCUUGACAAAAGUGGUUAUACCCACAAACUACUGUUUAAACACCCCCUAAACCAAUCGAAUAACAAGAGUACCCGAAGCCGUAAAAGAAAAAUUAUAUGGUAUAACCCACCAUAUAGUAAGAAUGUUUCGACUAAUGUUGGACAAACCUUCUUGAAAAUAAUUGACGAGGAAUUCCCCGCAGAUCACCCACUACACAAGAUAUUCAACCGUAAUACAGUCAAGAUUAGCUACAGCUGUAUGCCAAACAUCAAGCAGACUAUCGAUGGACACAACAAAUCUACGUUGGCUACAAUUUCCAGCACUAGUGGUCUUAACAUGUGUAGUUGCCCUAAAAGCAAUAAAGAACUGUGCCCACUAUCUAACAAAUGUACCACUGAAUCGGUUGUAUAUCAAGCCACAGUCACUACUAAGGACAAAACAACAAAUAGACCUCCCCAAACAUAUGUCGGACUUACAGAAAACUCGUUUAAAACUAGACUUGCAAACCAUAAAGCAUCAUUCAACUCUUUCGACAAACGGAACGCUACCGAGCUAAGCAAAUACGUGUGGGAAUUGAAAAACAAAAACAUAGAUUAUACAAUCAAAUGGAAACUAUUGAAACGAGCUAAGCCUUAUAACUGUGCUUCAAAUCGGUGUAAUUUGUGUUUAUGGGAGAAAUACUUUAUUAUUUGUAAGCCAAAAAAAGCCACUUUAAACAAACGAAAUGAGUUAGUGUCUGCAUGUAGGCAUAAUAAAAAAUUCCUUUUAAGUAACAUUUAAAAAGCUAGACAUUUAAAUAUACCGCGGUGUGUUAAUCUUUCCGCGUCCUGUCAGCUUAUCACAUAACAUGUUAAUUAAAUCGCGUGGUUUGUAAAUAGGAUUAAGUUUUUUAAAGUCUCAUCCACUUGUAUACAUAUAUAACCUUGUAAGUUUUAGUCUAUAGUCAUUAGGUCAAUUUAUCUGAAGAGUGCCACAUUUUGUGGUACGAAACUAUUUAGUAAUAAAGAUGCCUAGUGGAUUUUGUUGAUUGUUGUACCUUAAUUUAAAUAUGCUCUGUUUUUCCAUUGAGCACUUUACCAAAAGUUUUUAUAACCAGCGAAACCAAAUCUUAUAUAUAUAUACAUACAUAUAUAUAUAUAUAUAUAUAUAUAUAUAUAUAUAUAUAUAUAUAUAUAUAUAUAUAUAUAUAUAUAUAUAUAUAUAUAUAUAUAUAUAUAUAUAUAUAUAGUAUAUAUAUAUAUAUAUAUAUAUAUAUAUAUAUAUAUAUAUAUAUAUACCAAAUAUGUAUUUAGAAUCAUAUAUGAGUAGAGUGCUCGAUAUACCGAAGUAUAGAGCUAAUAUAGAUAAAGAUAAAAUAAACCUGGUUUACUUCAUAAGAUUUAUUCACUACAAACUUGUUUCGUAUGACAAGCAAUGCUUGCCGCACUCAUCAGGUGAAUUUAAAUGUCGCGCUGUGUUGUUGCCAAGGUUAUAUAUACUAUAUACAUGUUUGACGUAAAUGGAAUGUUCAAGUAUUAAAUUACGUAUAGAUUACAUAUAUAUACAGAUUAUAUUAAGUAAUGUAUAUUGCUUAAGAGAAAUUUGUAUAUAUAACCUUGGCAACAACAUAGCGCGACACUUAAAUUCACCUGAUGAGUGUGGCAAGCAUUGCUUGUCAUACGAAACAAGUUUGUAGUGAAUAAAUCUUAUGAAGUAAACCAGGUUUAUAUAUAUAUAUAUAUAUAUAUAUAUAUAUAUAUAUAUAUAUAUAUAUAUAUAUAUAUAUAUAUAUAUAUAUAUAUAUAUAUAUAUAUAUACCGGGUGGCCCAAAAAAGUACUCCUGUUUGAUUCGUAAUAACAUCUAAACAAGUAUAGCUUUUAAAGAGAAAUAACUUGCAUCAAAUAGAGGAAGGACUAACUUAGACUUUGAUAUAUUACAGUUGUAUUUCACUUAAAAAUUCACGGAGAUAUUAAUCUUUAAAUUCGGGAGGAUAUUUCUGGAUAUGUCUGAAAUAUGCAAAAAUCGGCGUAUCAAAUAUUAAUCAAGAUUUGCCCGACUGAAACAUGCACUAUUACCAGUAAAUAAAUGACACUUGACAAAUUGUUUAUCAUGAAACAAAGUAUUAUUAUAUCUACAAAAUACAAGCAAGAUUCAUUCGUCCGAAAUUCGCGUGUGUUCCUAGCACGAAUACGUUUCCUUAUUUCAUGAGACCACGGCAUCGCGAAGGAUCGUCAUUGGAUCGUUCGUAGUUCUGAAUUAGGGCAUGCUGUCACAACGGAAUUGUGAAGCUCUUCUAACUUCUGCAACGUUCUGGAAUCUUGUUAAGAACACCCAAACUCUUUUGCCGUUUCUUAAUCUUGGCAAGUUCAUGGAGUAAACUGAGAAUUAUAUGAAACACAAUCAAACCAUACAACUCCAUAAGACAUAACAAUUAAGCAACUCCCCAGAGACAUGCAACAUUUUUGGAACAAAACGUAACAAAAUAGUAGCGUUGAUACGGUGAUGUGUAUUUGCAAAAAGCAACAUUAUUUCCUUCAAUAAAGAAUAUUCAUCCUGCUCUAACCGAGAAAUAAUCUACUCAGUCUGUUUGAACCCAUUAAAAACAUAAAAAAAUUAGGCUAUUUAAGAAUACGAAAAAUUUAAGCGCCUGCCUUCCAUGGUCAGUCUUUCAUGUACAUUUAAGUUUGCAAAGACCUAAUAUUAAAUACUUGCAUAAUUUCGAACGUUCAUAUUUCAGGAAACAAUGAGUUAAGACUUACAUGUAAGAUGUCUAAAUCUACGCCAUAUCCCUUACAAACCUUAACGAUAAUUCGCUGAAAUACAAGUUAGCCUAAUAUGUCAUUAAACAAACAAACGCUGGAGUUAAUAUUUGAUAUGCCGAUUUUCGCUAAUUUUAGACACAUUCCAAAAUAUGCUCCCCAUUUUUAACAUUAAUAUAUCCGUGAAUUUUUAAGUUAAAUACAACUGUAAUAUAUCAAAAUCUAAGUUAGUCCUUCCUCUAUUUAAUCCAAGUUAUUUCUCUUUAAAAACUUUACUUGUUUAGAAGUUAUUACGAAUCAAACAGGAGUACUUUUUUUUGGGCCACCCGGUAUAUAUAUAUAUAUAUAUAUAUAUAUAUAUAUAUAUAUAUAUAUAUAUAUAUAUAUAUAUAUAUAUAUAUAUAUAUAUAUAUAUAUAUAUAUAUAUAUAUAAUCAUAUAUGAGUAGAGUGCUCGAUAUACCGAAGUAUAGAGCUAAUAUAGAUAAAGAUAAAAUAAACCUGGUUUACUUCAUAAGAUUUAUUCACUACAAACUUGUUUCGUAUAUAUAUAUAUAUAUAUAUAUAUAUAUAUAUAUAUAUAUAUAUAUAUAUAUAUAUACAGGGUGUAUCAUAAAAAACGGAGUCCUCGCUUCAAAUAUAAAUUUCGAAACGAAUAUUAGAGUAAAACGUUCAGGUUCACAUUUGUUUUAAAACGUAGGCAUUCAGCUUUCCAACGAUGGGUUGUUUCGUAAGGGACGGACCAUUUGAUUUUUCAUGGGGGGGGGGCGCAUUUUUGAGAGUGCUCGAUUUUUUUUUGGACCUCACCGACUCCGCACGAUUUUUUUUUAUCGAAUCUUGCCGCGUGCACGAUAUUUUUUAAAAUUUUUACUAUAGCGUUAAUACAAUAAUAACCACGUAUGGUUAUAUUCCGGUUGAAGAAUGUAUUUGAAUAUACAGCAUAUAACCACAAAAUAGGAAAGUAUAGCAGAAGUGUAACCCACGAAAAUUUUAACUCGCUCACGCCAUCCUGGCUAGUACAGCCGGAAGUUUUUAUCAGGUUUUGAUAGGUACAAAGUGCCGGUUGUACUAGCCAGGAUGGCGUGAUUGAUGAUCGGACGAAUCGCUUGUAAAAAAGCGGACAAAUACUUGCUUGAGUGAGACUUCUGGUAUACCUUCCUAUUCUAUGAUAUAACUAUCACAGCCCAUUUUAUACCUGGCCAAUUUUAUACUUGGCCCAUUUUAUACGGGGCUAUGGUCUACGAAAUGUAGACCAUAGUCCCAAUAAAAUUGGAUCAAGUGUAUUAAAGUGUGUAACCCAUUUUGCAUUGGCGUAAUGGCAUCUAUAUAGAAAUUCCCACGGUUCUCAAUCGUAUCAGUGUUCCCAAUACGUAUUAUAAAUUAAUAAAAAUUUAUUGAGAAUCAGAGAGCGAUAUUAAUGAGCCGGGUGGGAAAGGGUAUUUUUGUGACCCGUGAAUGCAGUGGCGUAGCCAAACUAUAAUUUUUGGGAGGGCAUAUAUCGAACGCCGAAGGCGUUAGCCUUUUUAGGGGGGUCCAUUCUCCCCCUGGAAAAUUUUGAAAUCUGGAGUCCCUCAAUGGCGAUUUCCCGUGUUUCUGGGGAGAGAUUUUGCAUAAUUCUGAAGAUUAUUUACUGCAGGAAAGACCUGAUUUUUAAUGAUUUCUCAAUAAUGUGGAUCCUUAAUUUGACUCAACGAAGCUUACUUGGUCGCGUGUGAAUAGUUAAAUCGAAGUUUUAAAACGCAUUUUAACCAAUAACCACCAUAGGCAUUAUUUUCUGUAGUUAGAUUUAGGAAAGAUUAGAACUUUUAUAGACAAUUUGGUGAACAGAUGAGAUUGGUAGUCACAUGGGUAGUCAUCGUCCCCCCCUAAUUUCUACCCGGAUUUCAUCUUUUACAAGGGCAGUCCUUCAGCCUAUUUGGGGGGGGGGGGCUGAGCCCCCCCCCCCCUUGUCUACGCCACUGCGUGAAUGGUCAAUAUUUGAUCGUGUGAAAUGCUUGAUUUUACUGUCAUGAUCUGUGAUUUGUUCUACAGCCGUGAGGUGUGAUUGUCGAUCAAAAAAUGCUCCGUGAAAUGGGAAUUAAGGAUGUCUGUUUCGUGAACUGUGGUUUUGAUUUGUUUAUUCCGAUCUAUUUUAUAACAGUGAUAAUGGACAUAAUACGCGAUAAUAAUUUAUAUGAUCGAUCUCACUCGAUUGCACAAGAGUAGAAACUUCGGAGGCCUUUCGGAGAUCGUCGGACGUACUCAUCACUCAAACUUGUAAGUAGCUUUUAACUGCCAGGCAGAGAAGAGAAUUUAAGCGUAGUACUGUACCAUGCAUUAAACAUAAUCUUAAAGCUAUUAUUAUUAUAUUAUUUUUAUUAGAGUCUCGUUAUCCGUGAAAUGUGAAAUUGCUUUUUUAUGGCACGUGAAUUGUGAAACGGUAUUUUUGUUGUUGUGAAACGUGAAUCAUACCUCCCCCCCCCCCUUUCCCACCCUCAUUAAUCGAUGUCGAAUUUACAGAAGUACAGUGUGGGACUUUCAGUGUUAAGAUUGGGGUUUUUAGGGAUACCAUUAAGGUAAUUUGUGGAUAAUUGAAUUAUUGAAGUCAAAGUUGUCAGAACUGGUUUGUAUCGGUUUGUAUUUUGCAUGUAUACUUCCGGUAUUGUUAACCAAGGCAGAACCGAAACACUCAACAGAAAAAAACUAAGGGAAACUGAAUUUUUCUUUCAAUAUAGAGUAUUGCUAAUUUAGAAUUUUUUUGUGCUCGAUAUUUAGCUCUUGCAUUGCUUAAUAAUACGCCAGUUUAUGGAGUACUUGACCUUUGACUCUUUAAGUUGCCAGAUGUAUUUGCUCAGCUCUGUCGCAUUUCUAUACUUGCUUAAUCUGAAUGAGCUAGUGUGGCAAUAAUAUCUGGAUUUGAACUCUCCUUCAAUGUGUCCGACAUACGAUUCCUUUUGAUUCGUAUCGUUCCUAACAACCGUUGCUUGGUAUACUACGCUGGAUGUUAGACAUUUACAGGGCAGUGGACACGAGGACUUAUUCCUGCAAUUGCAUUGUCUUGGUUUCGUGCUGCAUGUUGACGCAUCUGUUGAGGUGAGCUAUAUUUACUACAGAUUUAUUGUGCCCAGAAAUUAUAUUACGAAUGUUGGGCAUGCAACUGUAACUCAGCUUCAAGGUAUUUCUGUUAAAUAUUUUAUGGAGAGGAUUGUUUUUAGGGAAGCAAUCAUCAAUUGCUUGGAGGAAUUUAUGUCCGAUAUUCGUUUUGACAUUAGCCAGUUGUAAGGUGGGUUAACAUAUUUGGUAUAUUUCGCUCCUUUAUUGUUGAGCAAUUUACCAAUAAAUAUGGAACCUAUUAAUCUUGGAUACUCCACAAAGAACAUACCAGUUGCGCAGCCAAAGGAAUUCUUCAAGUGUUUGGUCACCAAAACGGAAUCAUUUCUACGACGUAUUCGAUGGAAAGCUUAUCAUUUUCUCAAACCUGACGAGUCUGCAGAAUCUGCAUCACACGAAACCUUUGGUUUUCGUUCUACAAAAUCGCCUCCCCCAAUGAAAGAGCUUGAAGAAUUUGAAAAUAGAAUGUUUUCUAUUAUUCAAAAUGUCAAGUUUGAUAAAUGCCAAAACGAAUUUCAGAGAACCCUUACCAAAGACUUAAAUAACAUUAGUAGUGAAGAUAAGGUUUUAGUGUCCGCAGAUAAAACAACAAACUUUUACAAGUUAGACGCCCCUUCAUACGACAAAUUGCUUGAUAAUGCCAUAACGAAGUCCUACAAGAAAGCUAACGCGAACAUUACUUCCAAUAUAGCAAAUGAGGAAAAGAUUAUAGCUGAGAAUCUUGGACUUGCCAACCGAAUCGACGCAUUAGCACCCAAAAAUAGCUUCGUAACAUUGAAAGAUCACAAACCAAAUUUUCAGAACAAUCCAACCUGUAGGCUAAUCAACCCUUCCAAAUCAGAAAUCGGUGUCAUCAGUAAACAACUCCUACAAAGUAUCAAUUCAAAUAUUUUGAUCCAUACUAACUUAAAUCAAUGGAAAAACACGAACUCUGUUAUUUCAUGGUUUAAGAAUUUACCUAACAAGUCAUCUCGUUCGUUUAUUUGUUUUGAUAUCGUAGAUUUUUACCCAUCCAUUACUGAAGAGCUGCUUCUUAAUGCCUUAACCUUUGCUUCCCAGUUCAACACCAUCACGGAUGAGGAGAAGCACAUAAUAAUGCAGGCGAAGAGAUCAGUUCUCUUCAGCAGAAAUCAAACUUGGCGCAAGAAAGAGUCAGAUAGCCUCUUUGAUGUAACGAUGGGCAGUUUUGAUGGUGCGGAAACAUGCGAGCUAGUUGGUUUAUUCCUACUAUCCAAACUUCCUCCAGAAUACCGAAAUGAUAUUGGUCUCUACAGAGAUGAUGGCCUUGCAGCGUUUGACAAACAACCGAGAGCAAUAGAAAAUAUCAAGAAGCAAAUUUGCAGAACUUUUAAUGAACAUAAUUUAAAGAUUACAAUCGAAGCUAACAAAAAAUGUGUCAAUUACCUAGAUGUCACAUUUGACGUAAGAACUUCCUCAUUUAAACCGUACAUGAAACCGGGAAAUACGCUUCAAUAUGUCCAUCGUCAGAGUAAUCACCCACCCGUGGUUUUAAAGGCAAUUCCUGAUGCAAUUAACAAUCGAUUGUCCAACAUCUCGUCUGACGAACAAGCAUUUAAUUCAGCUUGUCCUCCAUACCAAAAUGCUUUACAUAAGAGUGGUUACAACUACAA